AAGAAAUGUUUCGUCUGCAAGAAAAGAACUCCACUGGCUUCCAACUUCCUCUGCAGGUGCGGCCAAAACUUUUGCACCUUGCACAGGUACCCAGAGGCCCACGCGUGUACCGUCGACUACAAAGUCGAGGGUAGGAAGGCCCUUCGCGAGAGCCACCCCGUCGUUACGGUCCCCAAGUUACCCAAGAUCUAA